AAAACCCCGUUACCAUGGCAACAGCACUAUUGAUAAAAUCCUGUCAGUUUUUUGAAACAAUUUUACUCCGACUAAAGUAGAAUAGUAAAAUAAUGUUUUUCCAAGAGAAGGCUUAGUUAGUCCAUCAUGAAGUUGCUGAAAUUUCAUUUGAGGUACCACCCCCCUGGAAUUACGUUGGAAUAUUUGCAGAAGGGGAUUGUAAAAAAUAGAGAAAUUGAUUUAUUGGAUUUGAACUCUGAAUCAGACGUCAAAGAAAUAGCGUUACGCCUAUACCAAAAAGAAGCCCUCAUUACCGAGGAGGUUAAAGACCAGCUGGAGCAAUGCCUGGACAUCCUGAAGAAGCGGACUGAGCAUGAAGGGCCCUCUGGCAAGAGGUUUUACAUCUACAAGACUUUGAUGACCCAUGUGCUGCCUCUGACUAAUGUGGCGUUUGAUAAAACUGGAAACAGAUGCCUGUCAGGAAGUUACGACAGAACCUGCAAAGUAUGGGAUGUGGAGGCUGGCACGGAGUUGAAGACGCUCUCAGGACAUCAAAAUGUCGUGUACUCUGUUGGAUUUAAUUUCCCAGCAUGUAAUCGCGUCCUGACUGGAUCCUUCGACAAGUCAGCGAGGAUCUGGGACCCGGAGACGGGAGAGUGUCUGGCCACGCUGUGGGGACACCGCGGUGAGGUGGUGGCGUGCCAGUUCAACGCUAAAGGGGACCUGGCUGCCACAGCGUCUAUGGAUAACACGGCCAAGCUGUUUGAUGCUCGCACUGGAGGUGAAAUCCACACUUAUAAUGGUCAUACGGCUGAGGUGAUCGCGCUUCAGUUUGACCCCAACGAGGGUCAGCGAUUGAUUACUGGCUCCUUCGAUGGCACCAUAUCUCUGUGGGAUACCAGAGUUGAGGACCGUGUAUCAGUCCUCCGCGGCCAUGACGGCGAGAUCUCGAACGUGCAGUUCAACUGGGACAGCUCGCUGGUGGGCUCGUCCUCGCUGGACGGCAGCGCCAAGCUGUGGGACGCCAGACAGAGCUCCUGUCUGGCCACUGUGUCUGGACAUACUGAUGAGACCGUUCCAUCCAAGGUGCUGGACAUCUGCUUCGACUGGGCGGGGCAGCGCAUGGCAACAGCCUCAAGUGACUGCUCAGCCAGGGUCUAUGAUGUCAAGUCUGACUUCAAGGAGUUGGCCGUCAUGAAGGGACAUCGCGGGGAAGUUUCUAAGGUUUGCUUCAGUCCUGCUGGAGGUUGUCUUCUGACUGCUUCAGCUGACAGGAGCUCCAGAGUAUGGAACACCAACACUGGCAACUGUAUUCAGGUGCUAUCCGGCCACCAAGGCGAGAUCUUUUCGUGUGCGUUCUCCUACGCUGGUGAUGCCAUCAUAACGGCCUCCAAGGACAACACCUGCAGGAUCUGGAGAUGAUUGGACUGGUGGAUGUAGACCAUCCCCCAGACAGACCAACCCCUUGUUUCAACCAAAGACUUUGAUAGCAGGAUGGAUAGUAGGGUGAUACUUCAUGACAGUGGUGGUGAUAGUGACGUAAGGUCUGAUAUCGAAGGUUUU